CCUCCAUCUCUCCAUCUCCAGACCCAGACCACAGAAUCUGUUGCUGCCUUCAACCCACUUUCCGCAACUUCACAACAAAGACAACUUCUUCCGCAGACGCCUUUACGUCCUUCCAUACAACCCCAUUUUAUUAUCUUCUGCAAAUAAUCCGCCAUCAUGAAUCCAGAGUAUGUAUACACCACUCCCUAUUACAACCAUCUCAGCAUCACAAUCGUAGCAAGAUGGCGACAACUGCUAGACCCUGGGCAUAUCGUCCCCAACAUACGGAGGCUGACGUGGAUCCUUCCAGAUACGAUUACCUCUUCAAGCUCCUCCUUAUCGGAGACUCUGGUGUUGGAAAGUCCUGUUUACUCCUGCGAUUCGCAGACGACACCUACACUGAGUCCUACAUCUCCACCAUCGGUGUUGACUUCAAAAUCAGGACGAUUGAGUUAGAUGGCAAGACCGUGAAGCUACAGAUUUGGGAUACCGCGGGCCAAGAGCGUUUCAGGACCAUCACAUCUUCCUAUUACCGUGGCGCACACGGCAUCUGCGUCGUCUACGAUGUCACCGAUAUGGAUUCCUUCAACAACGUUAAGCAGUGGCUGCAGGAGAUUGACAGAUACGCCACAGAGGGUGUCAACAAGCUCCUUGUAGGCAACAAGAGCGAUAUGUCGGACAAGAAGGUCGUCGAGUACACAGUUGCCAAGGAAUUCGCCGACUCACUGGGCAUCCCCUUCCUCGAGACCUCCGCCAAGAACGCCAGCAACGUCGAGCAAGCCUUCCUCACAAUGGCCCGCCAGAUCAAGGAGCGCAUGGGCACGACGACCGCGAACAACAAGCCUACCGUGCAAGUCACCGGCGGGCAAGGAGUACAGUCAGGGUCCGCUGGCGGCUGCUGUUAAAUACUUCUUCUCGACGCGUUACAUACAUUCAUCGGCCCCUGCAGACUUGUUUACACCAUGGAAUUUCCAGUUUUUUUCGUCGUCUCGCAUUAGAAUCGCGUUCGUGUCCGACCCCGCAUCGACGCAACCCCGGAUCAGGCUACCUUAAUAAUGGAUGACGAGACGGGAGGAGAGGGCCAGGUUGAUUUCGCCCAUGAAUGUGGCUUUCCGCAGUUAGUCCCACGGCGAUGCUUGACUUUUCUUUGUCUCCCGAAGGGCUUUGUUUUCAGGGAUGGGUAGAGGAGAGCUGGAUUGUGCAAUAGGCGUGGAUAGGGGAUCUUUUUUCCUGAUUUUUGAUGUGGUACAUGCCCCCCCCCUUUUUUUGUUCCCUGGCAGAGCUGCGUUGUUGUUUUGUUAGGUUGCGCCUGGUUUUCCUUUUUUUUUUCGACCGGUUCCUUAGUUUCCCGAUAGGCAAGAAUGGGAGACUGGUGAAUACUUUGCUUUGACUACUCGUUUUUUUGUGACUAGACUGUAUGUGAUAGACAAGCGGUGGCUGCCUGUUUUACUUCAGGGACUGGGACAACUCGUGAUUCCCACGUUUACAGGGGUUGAUCUAGGUAACUCACCUAUUAUGUGGGGGGUGCCUAAUGCAAGUCAGACGCUGGGUUUAAUGCGCAUGUGUUUGAUAUAGCGCCGUAGUCGAUGCAAGCACGCUGGCGGAGUGACGGAGACUUCAGGAUUCAAGUUAAGGAAAUGUGUGUGGUAUGUUCUCGGCUGAAGGACUUGAACAUUUUUGGCUCAACUUCGCAAGUGGGCGGAUGAAGCUUUGGGAACGUCUAAUGCGUGAGACUUUCUCAUAUAUCACACCUAUCUUAUCUCGGGUUCGCCGACCACAAGGAAACAAACAAAUAUGCACCCGUCACGAUUCUCGCCGCCGAUACACUCUUCUCACCGCACCCUUCUCGGUCGCCGCACUCUUCUCACCGUACUCUUCUCACCACCACCGCCUUCUCAGUACCGCGCCUACUUUCGCAAUGUGGAAGAGAAUAAGGUUAUAGGAGCUAAACAUUAUGAUUCCAACUUGCUCGGAUAAAAUCCCGUGGCGAUGCUUCGUGUUUUUUGGUUCAAGAUGAUGUGUUAACUGUCUUCCCAAACAGAUAGCUAUAAUAGACUUCAAAUAGUAAGACUAAGGCGAAAAGUCGAGAUCUGUAGUUGUUACAAUGCAAGAGAGAUGGAUAGACACAUCACACUUUCUUAAAAU